GCUGCACGUGUAACGGCGAGGUACGUGCCCUCGCCAACGUAACCGGCUAGCUUCAGCGUGCGAGAACAGCUGUGUGUAUGUUAUCUCUCACCGGGUAAGGGGAGUCUAGAAGAUAAUGCUCUCAAAUGCUCGUUUUAUCGACAAAACUACUCAAGAUUGCACCCCGGCAAGUCAGCAUUUACCUCUUCUCUUUCACCUGAAGUCACCCGAUCCUGCAUCUGUAGCAUCAAGUAUAAACCAUGGCAACUGAACUGAGCCGAGAAGAUUUCCUCUCGGGUCCUUACACCUGGAAGUCCAUGCGACCUUGUGACCUCUCCAAUUGCACCAAAAAGCAGAUCUUAGAUUACUUUGAGAACAGCUACAGUCUCAAUGAGAGCAUCUUUGCUGCAUUGAAAACGAAAGAUGCAUUCUAUAGAGCACCCGACAGGCUCCGCCUCCCCCUCAUCUUCUACUAUGCCCACACAGCCUGCGUAUACAUCAACAAGCUCAUGUUGGCCGGCCUUAUCAAGGAGAGAGUGAACUUUGAAUAUGAGACGUUGUUUGAGACCGGUGUUGAUGAGAUGUCCUGGGACGACACUGAGAACUACCGCAUGGGCGGAAGCUACCAGUGGCCAUCCUUGGAAAACGUUGUCCAGUUCAGGCUCAAAGUUCGCAAUGUCAUCCGUAAGGUCAUCGAAGACACACCCCUUGAACUUCCUGUUACGCAAGAAAGUAAAUGGUGGGCCCUCUUUAUGGGCUUCGAGCAUGAGCGCAUCCACAUCGAGACCUCAUCUGUCCUGAUCCGUCAGUUGCCAGUCUCCUUGGUCAGAAAGCCUGAUGAGUGGGUCUCUGGACCAUUCACCUUCGGUGAGAGUCCUGUUAAGAACCCCUUCCUACCAGUGGAGGCGACCGAGGUGCUGAUGGGGAAACCCAGGGACUUCCCCUCCUAUGGCUGGGACAACGAGUAUCCACAACUCAAAGCCAGUGUUCCAAGCUUUGAAGCUAGUAAAUUCCUGAUCACAAAUAGAGAGUUCCUGAAAUUUGUCCAGGCUAAAGGAUAUGACAACGAGGGGCUUUGGAGCAAGGAAGGCUGGAAGUGGCGGACGUUCCGCCAGGCCAAGCACCCGUCAUUCUGGGUGUGUAAUGAAGGUUGUGUAUCCGGCUGUGGAGGAGUGUUGGCUGGUCACUCACAUUGUCAGCCAGACGUGAACCAAAACACUUCCACUUACAGGUAUCGAUCAUUCUGUGAAGAGACUGCCAUUCCUUGGGACUGGCCAGUGGAAGUGAACUACCAUGAGGCGAAGGCCUACGCAGCCUGGAAAGGUCCAGACUACAGACUGCCCACUGAAUCAGAGCACAAUGCCAUGAGAGAUCAACAGGCUCCCAACUCCAAAGGAACAGAAUCAGACCUGAUUUUUGACAAAGAGCUGCACAAGAAAUCCAACAUCAAUCUUGUCUUUGGCACAUCAACACCGGUCAACAUGUAUCCAGCCAAUGAGAAGGGUUUCCAUGAUGUCUUUGGCAACGUGUGGCAAUGGGUGGAAGAUCACUUCAAUGGCUUCCCGGGCAACGAGACACACCAUCUCUAUGAUGACUUCUCUUCACCAACCUAUGAUGGCCAUCACAAUAUCAUCCUCGGUGGGUCAUGGAUGUCGACAGGUGACGAAGCCUCAAAGUUUGCUCGUUACGCCUUCAGGAGACAUUUCUUCCAGCAUGCAGGCUUCCGAUUAGCUCGUUCUGCUUCACCAGACCAAGAUGUGCCCGUCAGACUUGUGCUCAACCCAGCUCAACAGGAUCACGAACCAUCAGAGGUAUCUCUACCCCUGGAAGACACGACCAAGAAGCUCGUCCUCACCACCAACCGACAGCUUCUGACGGAGACCCAGACCUGCGCCGAUGAGCGCCUCUUCAACGAGUACGUCCUCGACGACAUCAAUCUCUCCUCGGCCCUGAGGAAAGUGUGCAUGGGCGUGGCCGAGAGACACGGAACCAAGGUGUCCCGUGCCCUCGACGUAGGGUGCGGGUGUGGCAGACUGACCUUUGAACUUUCGAGAGAGGUUGAGCAGGUGAUUGGUUUAGAAUACUGUGAAGUGUUUCUGAAGUCGGCUGAGGAGAUUCUUUCCAACAAACAGAAGGUUUUCUACUGUCCCAAGGAUGACUGUCGACGACCCGCCAAACGCCUCAAGAAGUCCACGCACAAUGGCUGCACCAUCACUGCAAAACUACCCUCGGGUACCCAGCCUUCCAGGAUCACCAUGAAACAGUUUACAUGGAUCCCCAAUGAGGUCAGUGGGUUUGACCUGGUGGUACAUCAUUGCUUAGAAAGAGUACAGAACAAGAAAGGUCAAAAUGUAUGUAAAGCACGGUCUAUCAUGAUCAUCCCUGCAAGUCUAAUUAUUCCUUAAAUGAAAAAUUAGGAUAGGUGCCCCUAAACAAAACCAGAACCCACUCCAAGACAUGGCUGAAUAAAUCAUUCAGAGUUCUCAUGAACCAAAAUCAUACAUCCUUUGCAAGUUACUGUUCUUAUCUGUGCUUUUCUAGCUUUUUAGUUUUAACAAAAAAUAGAAUACUAUUUGGAUAGCAGCGGUGGGAUACACAGUGAAGAAGAAAAAAAGUAUACAAUUUUUAAAACACGAAUCUUUUGCAGCUGUUAAUUAGGACUGUUUUCAAGACAAGAAAUGUUUGCAAAUUCCUAAUAGUCACCUGUUCAUGUUGCAAUUGUAUUUGUUUUUCUUCGUAUUUUACAUAUUACCCGGAAACCUAAUGCCAAAAUCCAUGUUUUUAAUCAUGCAAUGAUUUUUUAGGUGUAGGUUUCAUAGCGUAUAUACAUGUAGAUAUAUUAUUGCUAGAUUAUACCCAUAUACUUCUAUAGUUAUAUAUACUUCUAUAGUUAUAUAUACUUAUAUAGAUCUGUUCUACAUCCAGGCUAUUUGCAUUAGGGGUAUUUAAAGUUGUUUACGUCAUGUGAAAGGGAUGGAAAUAGUAUAAAUGUGAAACAAAAAUUGAAAAUGAUCUUUUAAGGACACUUUUAUAACCUUGAGUGUACAUAUUGAAAUAUUACUAUUAGGGAAAAAGAAGUAACUUGCAAAGGAAGAACACAGUUUCAUUUUCAUUCAUUUUCUUGGAAUUUCAUUGGCUUAUGUUUCUUUCAUAAGCCUCCUGGAUUUUUGUAAUGGAAAAACCCAAUGAUAGGAAGGGUAUACAUGUUUGUUUCAUGGGGAUACAAACUGUUUUGAAGUGGGUUCUGGCAAAUGAUCCUGACAGUCGCUGAGCAAGACGUGACAAUGGCGUGAAGGAUAUCUUUCAUCUCUGCAAGUCUAAACGUCCCUCUAAAAUAGUUCUUAAACAUUAGAUCAAGGUUAAAAUCAUCAUGAAAAUGCAAUCUGGAAAUGCAGAUAUAAAAGAAAUAUCAAUACUAGAAUAAUGUUCCAACUAAAAACGCUUAAAUGGAAAUUCAUGACAUGAAAAUAGAAAAAUCAUACAUUUACACAGACAUUAGGAUCAUGGGAAACCAAGUUCUCUGGUUUGUACUAUGAGCACAUCCAAGAUGAGUUUGAUUUAGUUAUAGUCUCUUUUAUAGAUAAUGUUCACUUCAAUGAACUGGCUGUAAGAUGCAUUGCCGACAGCAGCAACACAAUAACGUUCGGUAGUACUGUCUGGAUGUGUUCAUAGGAAACGUAUUCAAUAAGCAAUAUAAACUUCCUAUAUGGGAAGUAAGAAAAACAAAGCUUGAAUUCAUUACAUUCAAUUCAAUAAAAGAUUUACACUAAAGUUUUUAUUUUAUUCAAAGCAUUUCCAUAUUGCAUCUAUCUGUGCUGGUCAAAUUUUGUCUUGUGAAAAACACAAUUUAUUACAUUCAUUAUUUAAUAAUUUAAUGGUCAAUGAAUUCGUCUAUGAAUAAAAACAUCAGCUGUAUGUAACUUGUGACAACAAAUACCACUUGUUCAAUAUUUAAAAUGUGCAUUUUUAUGCCAAAGAAAGUAAAGCGUUUUUUUUAAAGAGGAGUGAACUGCAACAUUUAAAGAGAGAAAGAAAAAAAGAGAAAAGAAUACCAAGACAAAGUUUGAUACCCUUUGAAAAACUUUGUUUAAGUUUCAAAAGGGUCAGCACAGAAUAAAUAAUAAUAAUUUAAAACUAAAUUUGUUUAAAUAAUAAUAAUAAUAAUAAAAAUUAAAAAAUUAAAAAAAAUCUCAUCUAAACUGAUGGAGCUUGGUAAAGGGUAAGAAAUAUUUCAAUUUUUUCUUCAGUUUUAUUUUAUUUUUGAUGUUUUAUAUACCUAUUUCUUUUUUUAACCUGCAUGUUUAUAUGCAUUUAUUCUAGUAAGGAUCCUUUCUAAGAUACUAUUAAACAUAUAAACACUGUAUGAUCAGAAAUAUAUUGUUAUUGGAAAUUCAUGUUGGCCGAAUGCACAUUCGAGGGUACACUAGACGUCUACUGCAAACUAUCCAGAACGUUUUUUUCUUCAAAAAUU